UCAGUUUAAUUAAUUUUACAACUCUUGUGUUUUAUUUAUAUUAACAAGUCCAAGUUUGGGCGAGUCGAACUCUGAUCAAUCAGAUUCGAUUGAAUCGAGUAAGACGCAUGACAAUCUGGUUUAAAGCUAAAGCUAUGUAACCGCUUCGCCGAUCAAUAAAUGUAAUGUACAGUUUACCUUUUGUUUUGCUCGAACUCUUUUUAACAAACUGUCAUCACUUUGGAUUAUCAAGUCAGUGCUAAUAAAUAAAUGGAAUUAUCUAUGGACAUUGGGAUACAAUUAACAAUUUGUAUCUUUUAAACAAGCAAACUUCUUCGAGAUACUUUAAUGCUUCCAGCUUGACUUUUUUUUGUUGUGUUUAUCUGCUGACAAGCUUUCCAUUUAUUUUUGUGCCAUAAUUGAUAUAUCAAUUGAUUUGUGAAACGUGAAUCAAUUUUCUGCCAUUUUAAUUGUCUUGAGUUUGUUUUGGUGCUUUGAUUUACUCAGAUUAUGAACCGGAAAGGAAGGAUCUAAAUACAAAUUUCAACAAAUUUAAGAUAAAAUCUUGAAACUUUAAUAAUAAAAUGUGAUUUGGUGAACUUGCAAUUUGAUUUAAUCUUCAUUGAAAAAUGUCUGCUAUGGAUGGUGUUCAAGAUUUAACUGCUCUGUCCAACAUCGAUGAGCAUGGGAUCAAUACAAAUCUUCGAGUUAGAUAUGAAAAGGAUCGAAUCUACACUUAUACUGGAACCAUCUUAGUUGCUGUAAAUCCUUAUAAAGAACUGCCUAUUUAUGAGACUGAUUGGGUUUUCCUUUACAAUGGACAAGGACAAAAAAUGUCAACCCAAGAGCCUCAUAUAUUUGCCAUUGCAGAGGCAGCUUACAGUAGUCUACAAACGGACAAUAUUGAUCAAGCUUGUGUAAUCAGUGGUGAAUCGGGAGCUGGUAAAACUGAAUCAACCAAAUUUAUCCUGCAAUAUCUUUGUACUGUAACAUCUAAUUCAUCUACAUGGAUGGAACAUCAAAUACUUGAGGCAAACACAAUUUUGGAAGCCUUUGGUAAUGCCAAGACUGUUCGCAAUGACAACUCUAGUCGGUUUGGAAAAUUUAUUCAAGUCUGUUUUGAUCGACGAUGCCAAAUUAAAGGCUGUAUCAUUCAAGAUUAUUUAUUGGAACAGUCGAGAUUAAAUUUCCAAUCAAAAGGAGAAAGAAAUUAUCACGUCUUCUACCAAUUGGUAACUGCAGCUGCAAAUAAUGCUGAUAUUCGCAACCAAUUUCUAGUCGAAAAAGCGGAAAAUUAUGCUUAUCUAAGUCAAAGUGGUUGUUAUCGGAUUGAUGGUGUCGAUGAUAAUGCAGCUUUUGAAUCAUUACGCUUAGCCAUGUCCGUUUUAAACAUGCCAACCGAGAUGUGUGACGGUAUAUUUUCGGUUCUAAGUGCAAUCCUUUGGCUGGGUAACAUUGUUUUUGAAGAUUACCAAGAUGGUGAAAGAUGUAAAUUGAAGCAAGAUGACGAGGAAAUUUUGGCAACUGUUGCCACUCUCCUUGGCUUGGAUGCUGUCCGUCUAACUCAAGCAACACUUCAACGUCAAAUCAAUGUUCGUGGUGUUGUAACCGAAAUACCUUUCAAGAUUCAUGAAGCCCGGGAAAAUCGACAUGCCAUGGCUAAAGCACUCUAUUCAAGAACCUUCUCUUGGAUUGUCAAUUAUAUUAAUACUUGUACAUCUCCUGGAAAAGAUAGUCAAACUCGGUUCCUUGGUGUGCUCGAUAUUUUUGGCUUUGAAAAUUUUGCCACCAAUAGUUUUGAGCAAUUGUGUAUCAAUUAUGCCAAUGAAAAGCUUCAUCGUUUCUUCAAUCAUUACAUUUUUGCUUUGGAACAAGAAAUGUAUCGCCAAGAAGGAAUCAAUUUUUCUCACAUAAAUUUCACUGAUAAUACUCCUUGCCUGGAAUUACUCGAGAAACCACCGAAAUGUAUAUUCCGUUUAUUAACUGAAGAAUGUCGUAUUCCUAAAGGAAGUGAUACCAGUUAUGUUAAUAAAUUGCACAAUGAAUUUGAAUCUCACCCUUGUUAUGCACGAGGCGAGGAUCGUCGAGAUUGGGAUUUACAAUUUGGGAUUAAACACUAUGCUGGUCAAGUUAUUUAUAAAGUUGGUGGGUUUUUGGAUAAAAACAAAGAUGCUCAGCAAGAUCAGCUUUUUGUGCUUAUGGCUGAAUCAAAAAAUGUUUUCAUUAAAGAUUUGGUCCAAUUUCAGGAUUUAAUUGGUAUAACAACCUCAAGAAUAGGAUCAAGUGGAUCAACUUUAACUAGGCCUAGUAGUCAACAAACUGCAACUAUCACUAAAGGUCGUCCCACUGUUGCCGAUGCAUUUCGUUUACAGCUAACUGCUUUAGUUGAUCUUCUUCACUCAACUAAUCCUUGGUAUGUCCGAUGUAUAAAACCAAAUAUGAAAAAAUCGGCCAGUUGUUAUGAUAAUGAACAAGUUUUAACUCAACUUCAAUAUCUUGGAAUGUUAGACGUUAUAAGGAUAAGACGUGAAGGUUAUCCAAUUCAUUUUACUUUUGAAGAUUUUGUUACCCGGUAUAAGUGUAUCCUGAAGAAACUCAAAUUUAAUGGAGAAAAAUCUAAAGCCUGUGUUGAAAUAUUAAAAGGUUUAAAUUUACCUGAGAAUGAAUGGCAAAUUGGAAUUACUCGUAUUUUUCUGAAAGCUUCAGUAUAUGAGCUGUUAGAGGAGCAGCGAACCUUCAUUCUCAAUGAAAUGAUUGUUAAAAUUCAAGCCUGCUGGAAAAGAUAUAGAGAAAGUAAACAAUAUAAUCUCAUGAGGGAUUCAGCAAUUACCAUUCAACGUUAUUUCCGUGGACAUCGUACAUUCUUGGCGUUCAUGAGGAAAAAACGAGCUGCCAUCACCAUUCAAUCAUAUGUCAGAGGAAUGUUUGAUCGUGAAGUUGCUUCUGCUUUGAGACAAAUGAAAAGGGUAGAAGAAGAUAUGAGAGAGAAAGAGAUUGAAGAGCAAGAAAAGAAACUAUUUGAGCAAAAGAAACUCCUCAAAGAAAAUAAUGAAAACGACGAAUCUAAUCAAGAUGAUUACUCAAAUGGAAUAGAUCAAACAAAUGAAACCAACGAUGAUAAACAACUGACUCAAAAGGCUGAUUUAGAUGAAUCUUUAUUCAAAUUAUUGGAGGAACGAUAUGGAUUGGCACAAAAUGAGAUUGAAAAAAUAACUCAAAUGAUGGAACGAAGUGGCUUACUUAAUAGAAAUUCUUGUACUGAUCAAUCAAUUGUUGAAUCGUCAAUAAAGUCAAUAUCAAGUGGAAAUUUAAGCUCAAACGGAUCUGAAUCAAAUUAUGUUGACUUGGAUAAAAUGUUUGUAUUCUUGACUGAAUUAACGGAAAAAGAUGGUAAACCAAGCGCCGAUGAAAUAAAUAGGCAAUUUGACAAAUUAAUUGAAACUGCUGAAGCUCAGAUCACAGAAAUUGAUAAACUCAAGAUUGAUAAAGGAUGCGAUUUACCACCACCACCACCAAUACCACCACCUCCCCCGCCAAUACCCGUUUAUCAUUGUGAUCAACAACCAUCAAAUUCAAAGCCAACUCAAGAGGUUGAACCGCUUUUGGCUAAUGGAGUGCCUGAGGAAAAAAGUCAAUCGAUUGAUGAUCAACAAAUUUAUGCACCUUUACCCAAUGGAAUACCUUUAGGUUAUCCAAAGGAAUCAAUGCGAAAGAUAAAUGGUUGUCCAAACAUGAGUCCUGGCUUACAGCAGUCACAAGGAAAUUAUCAACAUCAAUUCCAACAACAACAAUCUAUCUCUGAAACAAGUGAUCAACAAUCAAAUAUGGAAGAAAGGCGUAAACAGCGGGUUGAUCGACUAAUGAUACAAUUACAAGAAGAACAGCAACAACAACAAUUGAAAUCAGUUGAUCGAAAUCGAGGGUCAAUUGAUAUUGAAGAAGAAGAUAAUGUUAACAAUCGAGCUUUUGAUAUUCUAGAGUUUGCCACAAAAUACUUCAACACUCAUACACGUGAUUCAACGUAUGGUUCCUCAGUGAUGAGGACACUUACUCGACGUAAAAAGGCUGGAGAUGAUGUUGAAGUAUUAACAAAGCAAGACAUGUUGGUAUGGAAUCCAAUGAAUACCAUACCAACAAGCCAUAUUCACAUGCAUGAUCCAGAGAAUGCAAUUUUAGCCUGUACCUUAUUUAAAGAGCUUCACAAAUACCUUUCACAAGAUUUAAAGAGUGAAUCAGAGGUCAGGUUGAUCCAAUCUAUUGUAGUUAAAGGCAUUGAAAGAGAAGAGCUUCGAGAUGAGAUAUUUGUUCAACUCAUUCGCCAAUCUACUAAUAAUCCUUCUCGAGAGGAAACUCUUAAGGCUUGGGUACUUCUUGGUUUAACCAGUGCUGCUUUUCAACCAGGAAAGGUUUUCACAAAAUAUUUGCAAAGUUUUCUGCGAAAAAAUUUACGUAAAGAUGCUGCUAUCUCUUGUUAUGCCCAAUUUUGCUUGGAUAAUCUUCAUCCAAAAAGUUCUGUUCAAACUUCCAGACGAAUGCCGCCUUCCAGUCUUGAGAUUAAUGCAGUUAAAAGUUUAUCUUCUCUUGUUUGCCGUUUUCAUUUUCUUGAUGGUCGAGUUAAAGCUAUCGAUAUUCAUCCAUGUUAUACAGCUUCCGAUGCAAUGAUGCAUUUAGCAGGAAAAAUUGGUCUUAAAAACCUUGAUGGUUGGGCCAUUUAUGAGCAAACUCCUGAUUAUGAAAAGGUUAUCCGAAGCUUUGAUUAUAUUGCUGAUAUUUUGUCCCAAUGGGAAUCAAAUCAAAAAAAUUCAAUCUAUGGCACCAAAUAUGGAAGUAUUGGAAAAAGUUCUUCUAAUGCAUUUAAAAGCGAUUAUCGAUUUGUUUUCAAGAAACGUUUAAUUCGCAACAGUCGAGAGAUUCCUCAUGAUCCAGUUGAAGUCAAUUUGUUGUAUGCUCAGGCAGUUCAUAGUGUAGUUAAAAAGGACGAAUUUCCCGUCUCAGAACGAAUCGCAUUACAGUUAGCUGGUCUUCAAGCUCAAAUAUCGCUUGGUGAUUUUCAAGAUCGCCAACCUAUUGAAAAGUAUGAAGAUAUUGAUAAUUAUCUUUGCGCAAGGGUACGUAAAGCGUGUCCCAAUCGAAGCAACAAGGAAUGGUCAAUGAAAAUACUCGAAAGUCAUCAGCGUUAUGGUAAAGGAAAACCUGAUCUCAUUGCUAAAGUUUGGUACUUAUCUGUAGUAAUGCAAUAUCCAUUGUAUGGUACAACAUUAUUCCAAGUAUCUUAUAAAGGUUACCUCUCUUAUGGUCAUAAUAUUUUACUUGGAGUAAACAGCCAAGGAAUUUUGUUGGUUAAUCCAGCUGAAAAGGCAAUAAUGAAAGCUUACCUAUACUCAAACAUUGAAUCAAUGAGCGUUUAUCAAGGUCAAGAUAACUUCAUCACAUUCCAGUUAUCUUCAAAAUUAUCAGAUACUCACAAGUUUUUUACAUUUGAAACAAAACAAAAGGAUGAGAUUGCUGCUCUUGUUACCAGUUAUUGCCCCUCUUUAAGUAGUUGGUUACGUAAAGGGGGUAAUUUUGUGAAUAAUAAUCGUCAAAUAGUGGAAACUAAAAAUCAAAUCAACAAUAGCACCAAUGCAACUCACAUUCCAGCUCGUCGACUCUUGAAAAUGUCCCUUGAAGAUCGAAUGAAAUAUCAUCAAGAGGUGAUGAAUUGUCGCAAAGUCCUGAUUGAAUCGGGUAUUCUUCGUAAACCUCCUGAAGGUAAUCUUGGCUUUGUUCGCAAUACAUUGCGUAAAUUUAAUAAGGCUAGAAUGGACAAAAUGAAACUGGAAUAUGGUGCUGAAUUUGAAUCUGAAUGCUUCAAAAAUUUUCCUCAUUCGUUUUGGGCCUACUCUAAAUCAACUAUUCAAAAUAGUAUCCUUGUUAUCUCUGAUCCUGAUUUGGAAUCAACAUCAAUCAACAACUUUAAUGCCAUCCUUGCCUACACUGGUCUAGCUCUUGCUCAAGAUUUAUCAGCUAAUCGUCCUCAGGAAGAUGAUUCUAGUCAAACAGAUGAAAAUGAGUGGCCAAGAGUCAAAGAGAAGGAUCACAUUCGACUGGCCCAAAGUAUAAUUGAUCGAUGUACUCGUAAAGAUUCAUCUGAUAUUUUUAAGAAUGAAUUUUUCCUUCAACUCAUUAAACAAACUACAGAUCAUCCAGAUCCAAACAGCAAAGUCAAUAUUAGACAUUGGCAAUUGAUGGCUCUUGCUUGUAGUGUAACUUAUCCCACUGAUCGACGCAUAUUGGGUUAUCUUCAUGCUCAUCUCAGGAAAUGCUCAUUGGAUGAAGUUACAGAGGAAGGACAAUUUGCUCAAUUUUCAUUGAAAAAUCUUCAGGGUACUUUGGAAACGAGAGGUAGAAAAGUAACUCCUUCUCGAUCUGAAAUAAUAAGUACCAUUGCUUGUCGACGUAUUUAUGCCAGGAUACAUUUCCUUGAUGGUCAAUUUCAAGCAGUUGAAUUUGAUGCUUGUGCAACCAUAUCCGAAGUUAUUGAGCAAAUACAAAUAAAAAUAGGUCUUCGAUCUCGUUGUCCAGGUUAUGCUCUCUAUCAAAGUCUUGGUGGAACCAGUGAACAAGCUUUACAGCCUGAAGAAAAAGUUGGUGACGCUUUGGCGUUUUGGGAACGCUGGCAUGAAGAGCAGAGUAAAAUGGUUACUCGUAAAGCUCAACACUUUUUUGUCUUCAAAAAACAUCUUUUCCUUGAUUCCUAUAUUGAUCUUAAGGAUCCUGUCGAAAAGGAACUUCUCUUCCAUCAAGUUGUCCAUAAUAUUAGACACGAUCGUUUCCCAAUUACUGAACAAGAAGCUAUAAUGUUAUGUGCUCUUAAAGCUCAAUUGGAAUUGGGCGAUUUUGAUGAUGCUCUGACAGAUUAUCGACAAAACAUUCCACGUUGUCUUCCAUCUCGCCUUCUAUUACAAAUUUCUCCAGAAGCUGUUGUAACCCAGCAUCAAACAAUGAAAGGAAUGGAUGCCGAAACUGCUAAACAAUCUUUCUUUAAUCUAAUUCAGUCUUGGCCACUUCAUCGAGCAACUCUAUUUGAAGUCACUCAAACAUACACUUCAUCAUGGCCUAGAAGUCUUUGGUUGGCUAUUGACCAAACUGGAAUGCAUCUUCUUGAACUGAAAACUAGGAAUGUGCUCGCAAGUUGUGAUUAUCUGCAUAUGGUUGAUUACACACCAUCAAACAAUAGCUUAAUGAUUGUCGCAAUGGGCAAAAAGUACAUCUUCUUGACUCAACAGGCUCUACAAAUAGCUCAAUUAAUUCGUGAUUAUACAAGUGUGAUUGCCAAAGAGCGAGGCGUUGGUCGAAGAAAGUCAGUUGAAUUUGAUUUGGCUCCAAAAACACAGAAAUGUGGUCCACCCUUACCUCCACCUCGUCCAUCUCUACAACAGAGGCAACAAGUCAUCGAACAGCAAAGUUUAUAUGCUAACCAUAAUCAAAACAAUUACAUUUACUCUUCUCACCAGUUGCAACAACAACAACAACAUCACCAACAGCAGCAGCAACAACAACAACAACAUCAACAUCAAUUGCAGAUGCAAAUGCAAAUGCAAGUUCAAGGCUCAAAUAUGAUCCAUCAGCAUAAUCAUCAUGCUCAUAAUCAUCCUCAACAAUUUCAACCCACUCAUCGUCGAUCUCGACCAUUAAGCAUACUUUAUAAGCCACCUCCUGUUAUAAUGACAGAGGCUGAACAAGUUUAAAGAAAUAAUCGUUGCCGCAAUUUUUUUAUAUAAGUCUUGGAAACAAAAUAUACCAAAUCAAAUCAAAUCAAUAUCUCUUUCCAUUAUCAUCAGACUUCCCUUUUUUGUCACAUCAUGUUAACUUUUCAACAUUGUUACCAUCCUUUUUUUAUUUGAAAAUAAGGUUUCAAUUUUAAUCGAUAAUUUCUCAGCUGUCAAUUUAAAUUUCUAAAUGAUUUUCUAAUUUAUUUCAUACACUAGUGAACUAUCGAUAGCGUGGUGCAAACUUUAAAACAUAGAUUCUCAAAAAAAUUUAUUCAAUUUUGUGUUAAUCGAUUCAUUUUAUUAUGUGAAAACGGACAACGCUUUUACAAUUAUCGUUUACUUACAAUUGUAAAUGAUUAUUGACCUCAACGAUUUUGUUAUUCCUGGAUACAGUAAAACUUGUUAUGCUCAACUCUUGAUUAUUGUCUAUUUUACAUCAAUGGUGCUAUCUUGCAUUCAAAAUUUUAUACUGUAGAUUGAUUUCUCAAUUAAGCCAGCUUUUCACAUUUUAAUUCGCUCCAUACAUUAAAAUAUGUAAUAUACAAGAUGCUGAAUGUAUGUAAGACAUUUGUAAAUGAUGAUUAAUAAAUAAAUAUUAGCAAAAUGUA